CCUCAGCCCUUUGCACCGAAUCGAGCGGUCUGAGGAAAAUCUUGAGCACUCGCGCGUCCGCUGGUGAACAUGAAAACUCGUGCUGUUGUAUUGGUGUGUGUCCUGAUAUUUCACGGAUCAAGCGGCGUGUUUCUUGAUAAAGAUGACGCCAGCUCGGUGCUGCAGCGCGUCAGGCGCGCAAACUCCGGCUUCCUUGAGGAGAUGAAGCGCGGGAAUCUCGAGCGCGAGUGCAUCGAAGAAAUCUGCGACUACGAGGAAGCGCGCGAGGUGUUCGAGGACGACACGAAGACGAAACAGUUUUGGCUGAGUUACUCCGCUAAGGAGCCCUGCUUGACCAAUCCGUGCAAAAACAAUGGCUCAUGCAUCUAUCUGGCCAACACCUACUACUGCCUGUGUCUGGAGGGCUUUGAGGGCAAAUACUGUGAAAAGGUAGGGUUUGAGGAGACGCUUAAGUGUCAGUAUGUGAACGGAGGCUGUGAGCAGUUCUGUGACGCUUCCGGACCCAGACGUGCAUGCAGAUGCGCUGCAGGAUACGCACUGGGAGCUGAUGGGAUGUCUUGUGUUGCUGAAGUUGAAUAUCCAUGUGGAAAGGUUCCACUUCAGAAGAACACCGUUCAUUCCCAAAAAGAGUUUGUGGGUGGAAUUCACUGUCCCAGAGGUCACUGUCCUUGGCAGGUGUUGAUAGAUUAUAAUGGUGAGAGUCUGUGCGGAGCGGCUCUUCUGGAUGAUAACUGGGUCGUAACUGCUGCUCACUGCGUUCAUCAGAAAGACAUGAAGCAUUUGAAGGUUAUUACAGGUGAUCAUGACCUGGAUGUGAUGGACGGCUCAGAGGAGGUGUAUAAUGUCGCUCGUGUGGUUAUCCAUAAGAACUAUGACCCUGUGUCACUGGAUAGUGACUUGGCCCUCCUACAGCUACGUGAAGAACCCAAGCACUCAGUGUACACCGUGCCUGUUUGCCUCCCCACACCACACCUGGCACAGAGCGAGCUUGCGGCCGUCCGCUUCCACACACUUAGUGGAUGGGGCAAGCGAACCCCAGGGGACAACAUCCAUCCAUCCAAAGGCCUUAAAGCCCCAUCAUCCGCCACACUGCAGCGACUGGCUGUCCCUCUGUUUCCCACAGCACAGUGUGUAGUGAAGAGCGGCGUUAACAUCUCUGCAAACAUGUUCUGCGCAGGGUACACUGAGGGCAGCCACGAGUCCUGCAGAGGACAUGAUGGCAGUCCGCUCGUCACACGCUACGAGGGAACGUCCUUCCUGACGGGCGUCGUGUCGUGGAGUAAAGGCUGCAGUCAGCCUGGGAACUAUGGGAUUUACACCAAAGUGGCCAACUUUUUGAAAUGGCUUGAGAUGGUUAUGAAAACACCCAUCGAACCACUGAAUAUCAGUGGAUCCCCAUUUAAGCCAUCCGCUCACAAAUAAUGUCUCUACCAGAGGUUAAUGUGAUUAGCUUUGAAAUAAAACCAUCACUUUGAGUUUG